GCGCCGGGGGAGGCUGGGGGGAGGCCCCUACCCCGCCCCGGCGCUCCCGGGAGUCUCGCGCCCGCCGCGUCCCCUUCUCUUUGCGGCGCGGGGACAAGGAGACAUCCCUGCGGCGCAUGCGCGCGCCCACAACCAGCCCAGUCGGGGAGAAAAGCAGGCAUGUCGCCCGUGCGCAGUUGAGACGGCUUCCAGCAGGAAGAAAUGGACCGCGCUCAGUGACCCGGGUUCUGCGCAUGCGCCCUCCUGCUGGGUGAAGCCGAGUCUUGGGGGACCAGAAAGCCUCCCUGCACAUGCGCAGGAGGCUCAAUGACAGUCGAGCGUUGGCUAAGGCUCCGGGCGCAGGGGCUGGCCAUGUUGCAUGUGACCCGGGGUGUCUGGGCAUCCUGGGUCCGAAGAUGGCCAGCCUUGCCCGAGCUCCUGGGGCCCACCCGGGCCCUGUCCUCGCUGGCGGCCAAGAUGGGGGAGUACCGCAGGAUGUGGAACCCCACGGAGCCCCGCGACUGGGCGCAGCAGUAUCAGGAGCGGUUCAUCCCACUCUCCAAGGAGCAGCUGCUCCGCCUCCUGAUACAGGAAUUCCACUCCAGUCCUGCGGAGAAGGCGGCCCUGGAGGAGUUCUCUGCCCACGUGGACCUCUGCACCUUGUACCACUACCACCAGAUCCUGAGCCGGCUGCAGGCUUUAUAUGACCCCAUCAACCCGGACAGGGAGACCCUGGACCAGCCUUCGCUCACGGACCCCCAGCGCCUGUCCAAUGAGCAGGAGGUGCUUCUGGCGCUGGAGCCCCUGCUGGCCCAGGCCAACUUCUCCCCACUCUCCGAGGACACCCUGGCCUACGCUCUCGUGGUCCACCACCCUCAGGACGAGGUCCAGGUGACGAUCAACUUGGACCAGUACAUCUACAUGCAGUUCUGGGCCCUGGGCCAGAGGGUCGGGAAGAUGCCUCGCUUGACCAGCGCGGGCUCCAAGCGUUUCUUCUUCUACAAGUCGACCCCUGCAGAGAGGCGGUACUUCAAGCGGGUGGUGCUGGCGGCCCGGACGAAGCGGGGGCACCUGGUGCUGAAGAGCUUCAAGGACACGCCGCUGGAGGGCCUGGAGCAGCUGCUGCCGGAGCUGAAGGUGCGCACGUCCGCGCUGCAGCGCACCCUGCUCAACCUCUUCCUGGUGGUCUCGGGCGUGGCCGUCUUCGUCAACGUGGGCAUGGUGGUGCUCACCGACCUGAAGAUGGGCACCUCGCUGCUGCUGCUCUUCUUCGCCGCCUUCAUGGGCGUGCGGGCCUCCAAGAUGUUCGGGCAGCAGCGCAGCGUGCAGGCGCUGGAGCUGGCGCACAUGCUGUACUACCGCAGCACGUCCAACAACUCGGAGCUGCUGAGCGCGCUGGCCCUGCGCGCGCAGGACGAGCACACCAAGGAGGCGCUGCUGGCGCGCUGCUUCCUGGCUCGGCGGCCCCGUGGCGCGGGCGGCUCGCCCGAAGAGACCUCCCAGUGGCUCCAGGCGGAGGUAGAGAACUGGCUCCUGACCCAGACGGGCUGUGCCGUGACCUUCAACGCAGCUCGGGCCCUGGGCCACCUGCAGGCCCUGGCGGAGAGCAUGGGCACGUUCCCGCCUUCGGGUUUCCCCAAACUGGACCCGCCGGCCACAGACACUCCCCCGACAGGCCCCGCCCCGCAUGAGCCCGGCCCCGCCCGGCCACCUGGUCAGCCGCUGAGCCCGCCUCCUCCGGGCAAACUGCUCAUCACCGCUCCGAAACCUUGCUGCUCUAGUUUCCGAUGUUACACUGUGUCCUGAAAACAAAGCCCCCACUCAAGACAGACUGCACUGCUCCCCCCACUCCCCCGUGAACUGCCGUUCUGAGGGAAGGUUUUCGGUUCUGAACCCCCACUCCCCUCCGUCGCCCCAGCUGUAAACAACGAAGUGUGGUUUCGGCCGAUGGGGAAGUCAGCCAAUCACAGCUGCUAACCCUGCUGACCACCUGGUGCGGCCGUUGGGCUGUGGCCUCCCCAGGCCAUGCAUCAUUGUCUUCUUAGCCUGCUCUGGGCACGAUGCCCAGCCUGCUCACCCAGGCGGAGCGCAGCCAACGAGAGCCAGACUCCUCGGCGGGGAGGCUUCUGGGCGCCCAGUUGUCGCUGCAUGGCAACCAUCACAAUUCCUAGGAGAAACCCGAUCUUCCCGCCACUCGCUCUGCUUAUAGGGCAGGCCACGGGGUCCACGCGGGCCAGCUUGCCAGGCUGAGGGCUGGGAGCUGGUGCCCGCAGGAGCGGUGGGCCAGGAGGAGCCGCCUCACCCGGGGUGCGGUUCCGCUCAGGCCGGCAACCCCAGGUGCCUUCCCUGCCCUGUGCCCCCCUUUCUACAGAAACUACCUCGCUCGGACCCUCCCUCCACCAGUGGCCUGUGCGAUAUUUAUUGGUCUAUCCGUGUCCCUCUCCCAAAGGAAUAAAUCUUGUCUAAUACUCUGGA